AUGAACAGUGAGGAACCUAAUUUCACGUCCUUCUCCCCACCACCGCCUGUAAACAAUAACUCUUCUGCAACAACAGCAAAGACGUCGCCCACUACGCCCCAUCAGAGACCUUCGUCUCACACGGGCUUAAGUACUAUUGUAAAAGCUCAAAUAUCGUUCUUGUUGUCAACGCUCACUGCUGACAAUUACGCUCAAAAGGUUGCAGAAAUUGAUUCAUUGAUAGAGCAGCACGGUCACGACAUUUAUUUCCACUUAUUACGUAGACUGCUCAUUGCAAACCAAUCAAAAAUCUUCAACACCGGGAAUCGCAGUAACUCGGAAGUUAUUAUUUACAGUUCCCUCGACUACCGUUUGUUGAUUGACAAAGUCAAACAGUCAGCGAGCAAUCCAACGCUUUCGGCUGUUUUUUGUGACGCUUUAAAUUCCAUCGAUAAUAUCGAUUCAUUCCGUAACUUUGAUCUCAAUCGUUUCUUGGAUCAAGUUGGAUUGAAUCCCGUCGAAAAAGUAUCGCUAAGCAUUUCUUUGCUAUCAGCGACUAAAAAAGAGAUAGAAGAGAAAGAAAUUAUAACAAAUAAUUUUGACCCACUUGUCGAGGCAUUACAAGAUCCUUCUAUUCAGAGAAACACAUCACAUCAGCUUCUCCACCAUUUACUUGUUUUUUUCAAGUCAUAUCAGGCUGAGAGUCUUUCUAUUGCAACCCAACAACUUGACGCUCCAGCUGAAGCAGCUAGAUCUAAAUUUGCCUCAAAACCUGUACCUCUUGUUUUACUUCCUCUCUUAAAUAAUAACAAAGCAAUAACGGCAAGCGAUUUUUCUCAAGUGAAAAUGGAAGAUAAUACUACUAUUACUACAACCAAUUCGAAUGUUUCAUUGGCAAAAGUCAUGUUGGAUAUGGGUUAUAGUUGUUGUGAAUCACCAACGGCUGUUCGUAAUCUUCUUGGUCAAUUUGGUGACUCGGGCAAUGCCAUUCAAGAAAAAGAUGUUGCACAAGUCUUGGGUAUGAUGGCAGGGACGCCUACCGAGAGCCAAAAUGCGGGUAAUAUGCCUUGGAAUCCGAAUGCUGAAGCUAGUGAGACCCAGAGAAAAGAGAGCUGGGAUGUCGAGACAUUUGUUGACACUUUAAUUGAAUUGCAACCAAAUUUGAAUUGGGUAAAAAUAUAUCAAGAACUUGAUUAUCCGGAAUUUUUCAUAUCAGAUAUAAAAGGAUUGGAUAUCCUUUUGAAGGCGUUUAAAGCAGCAGUUAAGGAGCAACAACACUUUCCGCUAAAUGUAUUUUGGGGUCGUUGGGCAAAUAUUACUGGACAAUUCAGCGUAUUACGAUGCAUUUCGAAUGCACCAGUAGAAAUAUUUAAUAUCAAUGAGAUGCGCACGAGGAGAGUUUUGACUAUGGAGGACUUUGUUACCUCUGGUGCCAAUGUCAAAUCUUUGGCCCCUAUGUUGACUUCGCAGUCGUGGAAUUCUUUGGAUUUCAUUGAAACUCUAAUCAAACUUGCAGAUUCUGAAUUUUUCGAGAAAGUUCGAGAUUUAUUUGAUAAAGCUUCCAAACAAACCCCAGAGCUCGUGGUUUUAGGCCUGGCGCAAGUUCCGAAACCUUGGAGCUCAAUACAUCAGGAACUUAUUAAUAAAUUGUUGUCAAUGUUUUUAAUCAGUCAUUCAAGUUCGACACUAGUGUUGACACGUCUCUGGCAAGUUAAUCCUAAUCUGUUUAUUGAAGGGUGUCUUGACUUGUACAAGAAAGAUGCGAUGCAUAUUUCGAGAAUACUUGAUAUUGCACAAGAUUUAAAGAUAUUGCCACAAUUGCUGCAAGUCCAACAGUUUGUAUUCACAAUAGAUCUUGCUGCUCUUGCGUCCCGACGAGAAUAUCUUAAUCUCGAAAAAUGGCUACAAGAUAAUAUAGCUGAAUAUGGAGACCCGUUUAUCCAUGAUUGUCUGGAUUUUCUUCAUAGUAAGAUGGGAAUGGAAACAACGCGUGAUACUAAUGGGAAUAAUUUCUCUUCUGUUCGUCUCUCGAUGGAAGUUGCAGCUAUUUUCUUGAAGAUUUUAUUGAAUAGGUAA